UGACGAGGGUUUUAAGUUUUAACCCUCCACACAAGAAAUCCUGCUUCAUAUUUCGCACAACUCUCUACCAAACGUUUUCAAUUUAAAUUAUUCCAAUUCUUCUUCCCCAAUCCCAAUCCCAAUCAAACGCAGCUUGGGAGGAUAACCUAAUGCUUUAAAUCAGGAUUGAAUAAUUCCACCCUUCUACCCUAACUCUCCUCAAUGGCCCCGGAUGAUUCUGCCACCUGGCAUUCCGGUCAAUACACAUACUCUACCGAUGCUACCUCUUAUUUUCCGAUUCCUUUUCACCUUCCGCCGGUCCCACCACCCGUUUCUCUGGCGGUCCCGCCACCAGUUUAUCCCGUUGCUCCUACCAUCUUCUCUUUGCCCCAAUAUCAACAGGCACAAGAGUUAUUUGAGAGAGACGCCCAAUCAAUAAAUCCAGAAGCUCUUGAAAGUGUGAAAGCUGCAAUUGCACGUAGCGAAAUUGAGCACAAAACCGAGACAUUCAAUAAGAGGAAGCCGAUUCCUCGAAAAGCUGCAGGGCAAACUUGGGUGGACCCCACUCUUGCAGAAUGGCCUGAGAAUGACUAUCGUCUAUUUUGUGGUAAUCUUGGAAAUGAAGUGAACGAUGAUAUUUUGUCAAAAGCUUUUUCGAGAUAUCCUUUCUUUAAUAGGGCCAAGGUUGUUAGAGAGAAGCGCCUUGGCAAAACUAAGGGAUAUGGAUUCGUUAGUUUCUCCAACCAGGCAGACCUUGUUGCGGCGCUAAAAGAAAUGAACGGGAAAUAUGUCGGAAACCGUCCGAUUCAACUUAAGAAGAGCGACUGGAAGGCGAGGACUGAUACUGAAGCUGUGGAAACACAAAAGCAGCAUUCUCAGAAGAACAAACGACCGAGGAAAAACGUGUUGCAUAAAUGAGCAGAGCCGGCUAGUGGGCGAGAAGCUAAAUGGAGAAUGCUGUAUGUAUUAAUUAAAAAGUAAAACUAGGGUAGCUUCUCUCCAUGCUAAAUUUCACUUUCACGCUCAGCUCAUGUCUUAAGUCUUUACCCAAUCUGCCAUCAAUAGGUCACCACCAAUUGACCACGGCCAACCGUAGGGUCUGUUUAGAGGGGAGGCGAAGUAUUUUUUUAAAAAUUUAGGGCCCUCGAUCUUUUUAUUCUCUUUAUAUAGUAGCAUUUAUUAAAAAAAAUAUAUAUCAUUAUUGAGAAUCCUAAUUUAUAAAUAUAUAUUAAAUCAAUGAUUAUUACUUGUUUAUGUAAUUCCCUCAAAUCAUGGGGGCCUGUAAUUAUUAAAUUUAUAAUAUAUUAGUUAAGUAAA